AAGAGCCUAAUUGCAACGAUGAGUUAUACCAACACCAAUUUGAACUCUUCAUUAUCGGAAUGCAGCAUUUCAUCUGCAUAUAGUAAGUCCAUUAGAUAUAUGCGUAGAAUUUUCAAAUAUGAUCAAAUGGACUUUCAGUUUGCGUUUUGGCAAAUGCUUUAUUUAUUCGUGUCACCACAAAAACUGAUAAGAAUGUUUCAAGCAAGAAAAUAUACAAAGUCUCAGUACGCCAGGGAUGAUCCAGCUUUUUUAGUUCUAUUUUCAGGAGUGCUUUGUCUAACAUCUGUCGGUAUUUCUAUUGUGCUUAAUUUGUCAUUUAUGCAAUUUAUAAAAUUUCUGUUCUUUGUAAUCUUUGUCGAUACUAUUGGAAUAGGACUAAUAUUAGCUACAAUUUUAUGGUAUCUAACAAACACUUUCAUGAAGCCGAAAAUUAAUUUGCGAGAUAUAGAAUGGGGUUUUUCACUUGACAUGCACUUCAAUGCUUUCUUUCCGCCGUUAAUUUUGUUACAUUUCAUUCAGCUAUUUUUUUAUAACUGGUUAAUCAGCAAAGAUCUGUUCGUGUCGAUAUUACUAGGAAAUAUGUUCUGGCUAGGUGCAGCAUUUUAUUAUGUUUAUAUAAGCUUUUUAGGUUACAAUUCCUUGCAAAUAUUAAACCAUACCAGGGUAUUUUUAGCGCCAAUACCCUGGUUUGUUGUGUUUUAUUUUGCUAGUUUAUUUUUUGAAUGGAACAUAUCCCACAGUGUUAUGAAUUUUUAUAAAUAUAGAGUUUUGUAAAUAAAAUGUGUAACGAU